AUGGGGCGGCGGCCAGUUUGGGGCGGCGGCCAGUUUGGGGCGGCAGCCAGUUUGGGGCGGCAGCCAGUUUGGGGCGGCAGCCAGUUUGGGGCGGCAGCCAGUUUGGGGCGGCAGCCAGUUUGGGGCGGCAGCCAGUUUGGGGCGGCAGCCAGUUUGGGGCGGCAGCCAGUUUGGGGCGGCAGCCAGUUUGGGGCGGCAGCCAGUUUGGGGCGGCAGCCAGUUUGGGGCGGCAGCCAGUUUGGGGCGGCAGCCAGUUUGGGGCGGCAGCCAGUUUGGGGCGGCAGCCAGUUUGGGGUGGCAGCCAGUUUGGGGUGGCAGCCAGUUUGGGGUGGCAGCCAGUUUGGGGUGGCAGCCAGUUUGGGGUGGCAGCCAGUUUGGGGUGGCAGCCAGUUUGGGGUGGCAGCCAGUUUGGGGUGGCAGCCAGUUUGGGGUGGCAGCCAGUUUGGGGUGGCAGCCAGUUUGGGGUGGCAGCCAGUUUGGGGUGGCAGCCAGUUUGGGGUGGCAGCCAGUUUGGGGUGGCAGCCAGUUUGGGGUGGCAGCCAGUUUGGGGUGGCAGCCAGUUUGGGGUGGCAGCCAGUUUGGGGUGGCAGCCAGUUUGGGGUGGCAGCCAGUUUGGGGUGGCAGCCAGUUUGGGGUGGCAGCCAGUUUGGGGUGGCAGCGAGUUUGGGGUGGCAGCGAGUUUGGGGUGGCAGGGAUUUCGGGUGGCAGGGAUUUCGGGUGGCAGGGAUUUCGGGUGGCAGGGAUUUCGGGUGGCAGGGAUUUCGGGUGGCAGGGAUUUCGGGUGGCAGGGAUUUCGGGUGGCAGGGAUUUCGGGUGGCAGGGAUUUCGGGUGGCAGGGAUUUCGGGUGGCAGGGUUUUGGGGUGGCAGGGAUUUGGGGUGGUUGGUUGGUUGUCUAG